CAGUUCAUUGGUCACUGCACUGUCAAUAUUGACCAAUGAAAAUGAUUUAUUUUAUAUCUGCCGUGCUUUGCAUCGUCAAGCAACGGAAUAAACUGAAACGAGUUCUUUCCACCAAAAGCUGAGUAAUUUUUCAAGUCCAGUUUGGAGUGACCAUAAUGGCAGAUAUAGCAGUUCGUCAGCCAAAGUCAAUGACCAGACCCAAAAUUUGGAGCGAUGAAGUGGAGGAAGCGUAUCGAUUUCAAAUUGCUGGAUACCGUGAUGAAGUUGAAUACAAGGAGAUCCAGAAGACUGAUCAUGUUGACAGAUGGCCACACAAUGGAUACAUAAAGAAGCUGGUGCGAAGAGAUGGGUACUUCUACUAUUACAACAAGACACGAGAGUGUCCAGACAAGGAGAUCCACAAAACCAAGAUGUACAGCUAUUAGAAAUGGCUGCUGCUGGUGCAGGCAUCAAAAGGGGGAGGAGGAAAGGGGUAGGGAGGGCAAUAUAAACAAGGGUUGAAAUUCCAGUGAAAAAAAGCAAAUGAAGCAAGAAGAGAUUUUUUUUUUCAUCAUCCUUUUUAGCUGUUUGUGGUGUGUGCUAUGUAAACAUAGUUUCGAACACUUUUAUCAUUUUUUACUUAGGUGUGUGUGUGUGUGUCUUUGUGAGCAUAAGCUAAAAAAGAAAAGACCAAAAAAUGUGAAUUUAUAAAACAAGGGAGAUAACUGGACAUUACCCUUUUUGUGCUGGAAGCAGUAUAUGAUAUUUGGCAUUAAAGUUUUCAUUGUUCAGAAA